GAAUACGAAAAGCUUCUUCUCCAAGCGACCGGUCAAGCCGAUCAGUUGAUGAAAAAGUGUAAGCCCGAUGACACAGUGCAACGAGACAUGCGCAAGCACAGAGGUCAAGUUGCGGGAUCCAAAAAUGAGAAUAAUCAAAGUGUUUCCAAGAGGAAACUUUCAGAGAUUAAACUGAAAAGAACAGAUACUACACUUGAUCUAAGCCAAUAG